AUGUCCGAGAUUUCUUUAUUUGAAUCUAGUUUACUCUCUCCUGAAGUACAAUCACAAUUACCUUCUGGAUAUACGCUUCGAGCACUUCGUUCAAAUGAUUAUGAAAGAGGGUUUCUUGACGUUUUAAAGGUGCUGACUGAAGUUGGAAAUCAUACUAAAGAAGAAUUUAAAGAACGAUUUGAAUACAUGAAAAAGCACAAUCAUGAAUACCAUACAAUUACCAUCUCAGAUGAUAGUAAAAAUCAAGUAGUUGCAGUAGGAACAAUUUUUAUUGAAAGAAAGUUUAUUCGCAAGAAUGGAUUAGUGGGUCAUAUUGAAGAUAUUGCAGUUAGGGGUAAUCAACAAGGAAAGAAAUUAGGUCUAAGAAUUAUUCAAGCCCUCAAGUACAUUGGUGCUAAACGUGGAUGUUACAAAGUUAUUUUAGAUUGUUCUGAAAAGAAUGUGCCUUUCUAUGAAAAAUGUGGUUUUACAAGGAAAGAAGUUGAAAUGUCUUGGUAUGUUCCUCAGCAGCAAGUAAAGGCUCGUUUGUAG